UGCGCACUCUUUUCUUUGCAUCCCCUUCCCUGUGGCCCCAUGUGCCUGAACCCCGCCUGCUCGGGACCGCUCUCCCUCCGUUCCCCUCGGCUUCUCCCUCUCUUUUGCACUUUUCUUUCCCUUUCUUUGCAUCCCUGGGGGGGCUUCCUUUUUGUGUGCCUGGAUUUCUCUUUUCCUCCUGUGGGUGUGUGUGUGUUGCUACUUCUCUCCAUCUCUGUCUUUCUUCUCUGUUUCUCUCUUGUGUCUUUUUGUCCUUAUCUUGGUCUCUCUGCUUCUAUUUCUACCUCUUUCAGCGUGUGCGUCUCUCUUUCCCUGUAUGUCUCUUUCAGUCUUUCUCCGAGUCUCUCUUCUCCCCGCCCCCCUCACUCCCCUUUCUCCGUCUCUCUCUGUCUCUGCGCCUUUCUCGCCCUCACUUUCUCCCCUCCUGCCUGCUCGCUGCUCCCUGCGCCUGGCCUGCCCCCACCGCCGCCGGUUCAGCGGAACGUGUGCGGAGCGAUUGUCCUGGGGGACAUUUGAUGGAUUAGAGCGCUGAACAGUUCCAUUGCUAGGGGACCACCUGAUCUCCUCCAGCCUGCGUCCCAUAUAAAGCCGGCAGCCGGAGUGCUGAGCACAGCUCCUGCGAUCCCCUGUCUGCGCGCCGCCGCCGCCGCCAAGCCCGAGCGGGAGCCCGAGCCCGAGCCCGAGCCGGGGCCGCCUUCACCGGUGCCGGCUCCGAGCGGCCUCCCGCACUCCAGCCCGCUGGGAGCUGUCCAGUGCUGAAAACCCGCGCGGACAACCAAUUGCGCCCGGCUAGCCACCUCCCCUCACCGGGGCCCCACGCAAGUGCCCCCGCCGAGCCCCCCGCCGAGCCCCCCGCCAGUCGCACCAUGCCGCGCUCCUUCCUGGUAAAGAAGAUCAAAGGGGACGGCUUCCAGUGCAGCGGGGUGCCGGCCCCCACCUACCACCCCUUGGAGACAGCCUACGUGCUGCCUGGCGCCCGGGGGCCUCCCGGGGACAACGGGUACGCCCCGCACUGCCUGCCCCCAAGCAGCUACGAUGCGGACCAGAAGCCGGGCCUGGGGCUGGCCCCGGCCGAGCCCGCGUACCCGCCGGCGGCGCCGGAGGAGUACAGCGACCCCGAGAGCCCGCAGUCGAGCCUGUCGGCGCGCUACUUCCGAGGGGAGGCGGCCGUGACCGACAGCUACUCCAUGGACGCCUUCUUCAUCUCGGACGGGCGCUCGCGGCGGCGGCGGGGCGGGGGCGGCGGGGAAGCGGGCAGCUCGGGAGACGCGGGGGGCGCCGGGGGACGCGCGGGGCGCGUAGGGGUGCAGGCGGGCGGCGGGCACCGGCACGCGUGCGCCGAGUGCGGCAAGACCUACGCCACGUCGUCGAACCUGAGCCGCCAUAAGCAGACGCACCGCAGCCUGGACAGCCAGCUGGCGCGCAAGUGCCCGACGUGCGGCAAGGCCUACGUGUCCAUGCCCGCGCUCGCCAUGCACGUGCUCACGCACAACCUGCGCCACAAGUGCGGCGUGUGCGGCAAGGCCUUCUCGCGGCCCUGGCUGCUGCAGGGCCACAUGCGCUCGCACACUGGCGAGAAGCCGUUCGGCUGCGCGCACUGCGGCAAGGCCUUCGCCGACCGCUCCAACCUGCGCGCGCACAUGCAGACGCACUCGGCCUUCAAGCAUUACCGCUGCCGCCAGUGCGACAAGAGCUUCGCGCUCAAGUCCUACCUCCACAAGCACUGCGAGGCAGCCUGCGUCAAGGGGGCCGAGCCACCCCCGCCGACCCCCGCCGGCCCGGCCAGCUGAGCCUUCCGCCUCGCCCGCGCGCCCGGAACUCGCUCUCCACGCGCCCCGGGCCCCUACCUGCGCCCGCAGCGCCCUCGCCCACCCCCGGCUGCGUUUCCCUGCCCAUGACCCUCUCGUGGGGACCCCCGGCCCGGCCCGGAACUUUUCUCUCCAACCCCCAAACCCACGACUCACUUCCAGCACCGUCUCCCCCAGCGUCCCCCGACCCACUUUAUCCUUUCCGGCCAUCCCUCGGACCUUGACCCCCUGUCCGCGCCGUCAAGGCUCCCAACUCAGGCACCAGGUCCACACCUCUCCCGCGCCCCAGAGCCGGAAAUUUCUCCCUCCCAGACCCCGCGCUGCUCUUCUAACUUCUAGAUCUUUUCUCUCGCUUCUCAUCUGAAUCUCUCUGACCAUUCCUCUAUUGGAGCCCCCAAUGAACGCCGCAAACCUAUACCCUUGACGCCCAUACCUGCCUCACUUUCCCCAUCCAUACCUGGACGCAGGCCCUGCCGCCCUGAGACCGCAGUCCAACCCCAGACCAUCCCUCUGGCCUCUGCUGAAUCUCCCAGAGUGUGUCCAUCUGGGGAUCUAAUCUUCACCCUUCUUGAAGUCUCCAAUCUGUCCUUGAUCCCAUCCAUGCUCAGGCCUUAGGUCCGGCCAUUCACACACACACACACACACACCCACUCCCACACACAUUUCCUACUGUCUUCAGUCCAUGGGGAUCUCAUCACCCACUCCCAGCCCCAGCUCCAGCUCCCCUCACCUCUCUAGCAGCUCUCACCCCUCUCUGAGUCUACCUAACCUGGAGGGGGCUUGAGGGGCACUUCAGGGCCCUGCCCCCUAAUGUAACCCCUCUCUCACCCCGGCACAACCUGGGCUUCCACAGUCUGGAGCUGCCCUACCCCCAGCUUCUCUGAGCACUUUCCCCCAUCCCCAGGGCCACAGAUCCCCUUCCUCACUUGUUGGGGGGAGGUCUGGAGCACCUCGCCAAUGCCCUUCCCCCAUCCGGCUGGGUCCUUCCAGUUAUUUAUUUGUGUAUUUAUUUAUUUAUCUAUUUAUUAUUCUAUUUAAUCUCUUGGCCUCACCCAGGGACCGUCUGGCUUCCCCAGCUGGACUGGGAGGUCAGGAAGCCAGGCAAGGAGAGGGACAGCACAGGCCACAGAGGGCUGCCCCCACCACACACACCCCCGCGUCUCGGGAGAAACCCACCCUCUUCAGAGCCUGCACUCGCUAAGGAAGGGGACUCGAGAAUGGGGGGGCAGCUUGCUGACCCUCAACUGGGGGGGUGAGGGAGCAUCAGGAGGUCCAGGCGUGGGGCAGGUCCCCACCUUCCUGAACCUUCCCCUGCCACUCCAGGCGGCCCGGAGAGAGGAGCCUCCUCGAUUUGUUUCCUGUUUAUUCCUCUUCCCGAGGGACCCCAGGUUCCAGGGACCGACUGAGCCCCGGACCCGCUGGGGUCUCUGGCCUGCUACCCGGGAGGGGCGCUCUCUCCCGGCCAAGUCUAUGCAACUCUCCCGGACAGAGGGGCCGGGCUGCCAGCCACCCGCCCGUUGGCCGCCACUACCUCCUCCGCUGCGCUUUUGCAUGCCCGGGCGAGGACCGAAGCACACACCUCCACGCGCACGGGCCCUGGCCCCCUCCGCUUUAAGCACACGCCUCUGCCCCAUUGCUCUGCACCCAGCUUGGGGGCAGGAGUCCUGGGCUCUCAGAUCCUCUUCUCCCCUCCUCUUAGCCACAAAAGAGAGGGGAGACUGGAGGCACCCCUGCAGCAGGGGCACUUCCCUAGGGCUCCAGAGGGGUGAAUGGGCCUUUGCUCAGCUCCAGGCCCAGCGGGAAGGGAGGCUGCAGGGAUGGUGGGAGGGAGAGGGGUAGCAGAAGCAAUUAUGGAGGGUGUUGACCCUGUAAAUAGGAACUUCUGACAGCAAUAAUUUUCCAUGCAUGCUAAGCCUUUUGGCCAUAUUUUGUAUGAGCGCUUGGCGCUCCUCCUCCGUCCUAUCCCAACUCACCCCCAAACCCCCAUCCCUUCCCCACCUCCAGCAGUAUUACUUGUAACGCAAUUCAGGGAUAUUAAAGGGACUUUGGCCACUCA